AUGGCAGAAAAAAACAGCACGCCCAGAUCAUCACGACCGCAUUCCAGAGAGGCGACCGGAACCCCAUCGAAACCUGGAACCCCAUCGCAGGAGCCGCGCCGCGUUCGACGGAAAAAGAAGGAGAAGGAGCGAGAGCGGGAGGAGAAGCGCGGCGAACGGGAACGGGAGCGGGGGGAUGACCGGGAUCCGACGGGUGCUGUUGCAGGACCUGGGCCAUCUACACUUAUGAAGGUGAGUAGCUCGGCUGGAGAGAAAAAACGGAAGUCGAGGGCCUCGACACCCCGCAAGGAAGCGUUGGUGAUAGAACCGAAGACGAGCGAAGUGGGCUUUGCGGAAGGAUAUGAUUUUUUGGCCUUUGACGAGGACAGCGGAUUUGAAGAUGGAGUAAAGAAAGGCGAUGAGCGCGAUUCGAGAGACGGGAGAGGGAAGGAGAAGGAUAGGCCAAGCGAGCGGGAAUGGGACAAGGGGAAGGAGCGAAUGCAAGAUUGGGAUCGCGACCGCGACAGGAACCGAGGGGAUGCGAGAAGAAGUAGGAGGGAUGAGUAUGAUAGGAAUGAUGGGUACGCGAACAAGAAACAGCGACUGGACGCUGCGUCAAGGAAGGCACCAUGGAUCGCGGACGUUACCUGGGAAGGAUGCACAAACGUCGCUGAAAUGUUGCAUCGUGAAGUUGAUGCAUUCGUCAAGUAUAUCUCGCCCACCCCGGAAGAGGACGAAAUUCGGUCGCUAAUCGUGACCAUGAUACAGCGAGCAAUCACCAAAAACUUCCCUGAUGCCAAAGUGAUGUCCUUCGGUAGCUUUGAGACCAAGCUGUACUUGCCCCUUGGGGAUAUUGACCUUGUUGUCCUUUCCAAAUCUAUGGCCUAUUCUGACCGCGUCACCGUACUGCACGCUAUGGCCAACACACUGAAACGUGCACACAUCACCGACAAAGUCACUAUCAUCGCGAAGGCUAAGGUCCCUAUCAUCAAAUUCGUGACUUUGCACGGUCGGUUCGCAGUUGACAUUUCUAUCAAUCAAGCCAAUGGUGUCGAGGCUGGCAAAAUGGUCAAUGGGUUCAUUGCAGAAAUGCCUGCUCUACGGAGCCUUGUCAUGAUCAUCAAGGCUUUUUUGAACCAACGAAGCAUGAACGAGGUGUUUUCGGGCGGACUUGGAAGCUACAGCAUCGUUUGCCUGGCCAUCAGUUUUUUGCAGAUGCACCCCAAGAUACGAAGAGGGGAGAUUGAUCCGUCAAAGAAUCUAGGCGUUCUGGUCAUGGAGUUUUUCGAGCUCUACGGAUGCUAUUUCAAUUACACCGAGACGGGCAUCUCGCUUCGAGAUGGAGGCACCUAUUUCAACAAGUCGGAUAGAGGGUGGGCCAGCUACGAGAAGUCUCUUCUCUCGAUAGAAGACCCUGGAGAUCCAUCGAAUGAUAUAUCCAAAGGGUCGUACCAACUGCACCGAGUGCGGCAGACAUUUGCUGGUGCAUUUGGUAUCAUGACCGCUGCAGCGUAUGCUAAGGCUGGAGUGCUCAGUUCUCGCAGAUCGGGUCGCUCGAUUGUCUUGCGUGGUCACACUGAACCGGAGGACAUGAGCAUUCUCUCCAAUGUUCUGGGUGUGACUCAAGAGACAAUCAACCGGCGGCGCCUCAUCCAAGAGCUCUAUGAAAAGAUGACCUUGCAUCGACUUCUAGAUAUCCCUCCGAAAGGCGUCACCGCCCGUGACACGAACGGCGCCUCAUCUUCAACAGGAAAAGGAGAAAAAUCCUCUGGGGUUGAGUCGGUCUGGGCGAAAGCCGACGUGAGUGAUGGCGAACUCGGAAAUAUAUCGCGUCAUAAACCGUAUUCCAAGGAGCGGAAGCGCGAAGCGAUCGAUGUGGAUGUAGGCGAGGAGGAAGAGGGGAGUAGGUAUGAUAUACCUCCGAGAAAACGUCGGCGCUCAGGGACCGCUGCCGAUGCACAUACCGUGUACACGUCUGAUGAUGACGACGAUGACGACGACGAUACCAAGGAGGACAUCGUCGUCCACACAGUGGACGGCAGCAACGAUAGUCUGGCCAAAGAAGACGAAGAGUAUGAUGUGCAUGGCAGUGAGGAGAAGGGGAGUGAUUCGAAGGACGCUGCAAGAGUGAAGGCGAAGGUGAAGAUCGAUAGGAAGCGAGCAUACUGGCUUGCGAAGGGAAUGUCGACUGGGAGGAGUCCCAGUCCGAUAUGAGUGCUGCACGAUGUAAUUGAUGUUUAUUUUAGAUGUAUACCUGUCUCGCCGUCCACACAUUUUGUUGGGGGUAAUUAGCUCCGCCUAUUU